AUGCGUUGGAGUUACGACCUCCUAGUUGCAGUGUCAACCAUUCUUUUUGCUUCGUGCAACGCUGCAGCAGCUUAUGAGCAGACCAAGACCGCGUCCCACGUACGUUCUGGAGAAACUAUCGAGAACAGCGAUGAAGCACGUUCCCCCAACUUUUUCAAGCUCUUCAGCACCUACAAACGCAUGUACGUCACCAAAAGGUUCGAAGCAAUGCGGGUAUACCCCAAGUACAUGGAGAAGAAGUUUCUGCAGUGGCAAAAAGCGAUCGAUUCGGGAGAACUCAGCCCGGACACAAUCGAGAUGUUCACCAAGGACUACGGCUGUGUUCACGCAUUUCAAGUCUUCCAAAAUAUGCACAAUGGAUUCAAGUAA